UGACCAAAAAAAGAUGCGACCAUUUCCAGCUCGUUCUUCAAUGGAACUAUGUCUAGAGAAGAAACAAUGACAACAUUAAGAGACAGAUUAAAGUUUGUGGCCUAUGAAAAGAAUAAGAAUAUUACCUAGAAACAUAAUGUCACUACAAUAUCUAGUUUCACAGCUGAUCAUUAUGACAUUCUUCAGUUACGCCAUCUCUAGCAGUGUUAACUUUACCUCCGCGUGGGUCAAGUUGCACCACAAUUUUACCUUCACCAUGAACCUGAAACACCUUAACAGCGACGCCAACGCUUACUACCUCGAAUUCAUGAGAGCAUCGUCGAAAGAAUCGACCAGUGUCCUGGAAGUGGACCUGACACACCUCCAGGUCGGGGUAUCAGAGCGCUACAUGCCGCGAAUACUGACGAUGUCCUACAAUUCAAUGCGGAUGGUUAAAACGACGCUGACAGAUUGCACCCAUUCUGACGCUGGUUUGUACUUUUGUUUUCUUGGCCGUAAUCAGGUCCCCGAUUGCAAAUUUCGUCUUUAUAUCUUAGAUUUAGACGCCAUCACCUCAACGUUAGGUAAAGACAUCAAAAUGACAUUUGACUUUAGCAAAAUAAGUAUGCCGAAGAAGGAGUCUAUCUCCAUCAUGUAUGGGAACAUGGCGGAGGUGAUCUCCUGGCGAGAGGUGUUGGUCGUCAGAAAGGAUUCCAUCAAACCAUCCGUCAACCCAAACUUUGGAAGAGACAUCCACACCAUUCACGAACAGGGGGGGAGCAUACUUCAUGUGACCUUAACUGACGUCAUGCCGGAAGACUCCGGUUUUUAUGCUUGCUUCUUUGUACAAAGCAAAGAAAUGAUAAACUAUUGCGGAUUCGAGCUGAUUAUUUUGGAUUUAAAAGGUAUUUCAGUUCUCGAGGACAACAACGCAGUCAUGUUUUUUUAUUUGAACAGCAUGAACAUCUCCAAAGACUUGAACCUGUCCAUCGCGUUCAAACAGGAGGAGCACUACACCUUCACUGACAUGCUUAGUAUCGGCCCAGACUUAAGCGUCGAGGUCAGUGAAGCUUUUCGAUCACGGGUCACCAGCCACAAGAAAGAGUACGAAAGACUGGUCAUCGUGACCCUCUCUCACAUCCUGUUGGCAGACGGCGGCGAUUACAGGUGUCUUCAGAACGGCCAGAAAAUUCCCUUUUGUGGGUACAAGUUAACAGUUCACGUGGAAGAAUCCCAGGACUCGAACCAGGUCAAUACACUAGAGAACAGGGAUGCUGAAAUGGUCUUUAGGAUUUCUCAAUUAGUCGAAAAUACCUCGAAAGUUAUCAUCGAAUUUCAGCAUUCAUCGACAGAGAACACCCAGAGGGUGCUUACCAUCAACGUGAGCGACAUCAAAAAGAGCUAUGUAGAGACAAAAUAUUACAGGCGAGUUACCUAUAGGUUUGAGCCGAUAACCAGAGCAGUGACUGUCCGGUUGAAAAAAGUAACUCUAGCAGACGACGGCGUCUACAAGUGCUAUGUAGAAGCUACACUUGAUUGCGUACAGAAGCUAAAUGUUUUUGCUCCAAGAAUAAAACACGUGGUCCACAAACCCUGGAACAUCCACGAGGGUGAGUCCUUUCAGGUCACGUGUGACAAGAGCAGAUUCCGUUACCCAGCAGACGUGAUUAAUGUCAUAGAUAUGUCAUUGAGAAAACAGUCGCUAGGACAACCAACGUUCAACAUUAUAGCCAGCUACAAACCCAACGCAAAAAAGGAACUGACUUUUCAUGGGCCAAAAAAUCGAACAUGGAUACCAUCGUACAGCGGGGGAAGCGACCCGAACACCAUCUCUCUUGUUUUGAACAUCACGGGGGUCAUCACUGAAGACGCUGGCGAAUAUGAGUGCGAUAGCUUUGCGUCCACCAAGGACAGGGGCAGAAUCCAUUACAGUCUGAUCUCGUGGGUCACAGUGAAACCAAAACGAGCAACAGAGGCGCCUCAGCAGGCCACUAACGCACCCGAAAAGCCAGAAGAGAAUACAGAUGACCUGACAGAGAUCUACUCCUAUGUCAAGGAAGAUGUCACACUGACUUUCCACAUGAAGUUUAUCGAAUCCGAAGCCCCUGUUGUAAUCAUUAAGUUCCGUCGUCAAGGAACCGAUGCCUGGAAGAAUAUUUUGGAAAUUACCAAACAAGGCCUGCUUCUGAAACGACUGACCAUAGACACGCAAACCUUCUUUAGCAGCAACGACAACGAUUCUACUGUAGAUCUAAGCUUGCGUGAGGUGACCAUGGAAAGGGCGGGGCUAUACAGAUGCUUUACGGAAGGAUUGAUUACCAGCAUCGUACACAACUGCGGUUACAGAUUGUUAGUUCAUGAGAAGAUUCAGUUCUCAACGCUUAUGACCAGAACGACUACCUCCACAGAGUUGACUGAGUUUAAGGAGGAAACAACCACUCUAAUUACAAAUGAUUCAACAGACAGCUCUUCAGCGAUUGCACGAUUCAGAUUAUGGGACCUACUUUGUAUUCUUUCCCCAAUUUCUUUACUUCUAAUCUAAGCAGACCUAGCUAGCCCUUUUACAACAUAUGUAUAAUUGAACUAUAUACUUCUAAUCUAAGCAGGCCUAGCUAGCCCUUUUACAACAUAUGUAUAAUUGAACUAUAUACUUCUAAUCUAAGCAGACCUAGCUAGCCCUUUUACAACAUAUGUAUAAUUGAACUAUAUACUUCUAAUCUAAGCAGGCCUAGCUAGCCCUUUUACAACAUAUGUAUAAUUGAACUAUAUACUUCUAAUCUAAGCAGGCCUAGCUAGCCCUUUUACAACAUAUGUGUAAUUGAACUAUAUACUUCUAAUCUAAGCAGGCCUAGCUAGCCCUUUUACAACAUAUGUGUAAUUGAACUAUAUACUUCUAAUCUAAGCAGGCCUAGCUAGCCCUUUUACAACAUAUGUGUAAUUGAACUAUAUACUUCUAAUCUAAGCAGGCCUAGCUAGCCCUUUUACAACAUAUGUGUAAUUGAACUAUAUACUUCUAAUCUAAGCAGGCCUAGCUAGCCCUUUUACAACAUAUGUGUAAUUGAACUAUAUACUUCUAAUCUAAGCAGGCCUAGCUAGCCCUUUUACAACAUAUGUGUAAUUGAACUAUAUACUUCUAAUCUAAGCAGGCCUAGCUAGCCCUUUUACAACAUAUGUGUAAUUGAACUAUAUACUUCUAAUCUAAGCAGGCCUAGCUAGCCCUUUUACAACAUAUGUAUAAUUGAACUAUAUACUUCUAAUCUAAGCAGGCCUAGCUAGCCCUUUUACAACAUGUAUAAUUGAACUAUAUACUUACUUCUAAUCUAAGCAGGCCUAGCUACCCCUUAUACAACAUAUGUAUAAUUGAACUAUAUACUUACUUCUAAUCUAAGCAGGCUUAGCUAGCCCUUUUACAACAUAUGUAUAAUUGAACUAUAUACUUACUUCUAAUCUAAGCAGGCCUAGCUAGCCCUUUUACAACAUGUAUAAUUGAACUAUAUACUUACUUCUAAUCAAAGCAGGCUUAGCUAGCCCUUUUACAACAUGUAUAAUUGAACUAUAUACUUACUUCUAAUCUAAGCAGGCCUAGCUACCCCUUUUACAACAUAUGUAUAAUUGAACUAUAUACUCCUAAUCCAUACAAGCACUUUUACAGCCUGUAUGUAGAAAUAUAUGUCUAGUGAAUGUAGUCUAUAUUAGCACUUUUACAUAGGGUAUAUAUAAGAAAAAGUAAAGUUCCCCUUUCAGACCAUGGAGUCUAAAGGGCAGAUGGUGUUAAGGUCAUCUGUUUAUGCGGCCAACGGUUUACGAGGGUGUUAUGUAGCCAGCACAACUAAUAAUAUUGUAACACUAUAUUUCUAUUCCAUAUCAGCUGUUUUACAUACUCGUGGUAAACCCCCACUCCCACAUUGUGUUUAUUCCCAAGAAGUGAUGACGAGUUGGUAAUGUUUUGAUUUCUUGACAUUUAUUCGAGUGCAGAAAUCCCACUAGGAGGUGUUUGGGGUGCUCCUUCAGAUUCUUAACCCAAAUCUCCCGUGGGACGACGGGUGCUGGCAGCGGGCAAGGUUCGAACCUUGAACCUUCGGUGGUCAUGCAGAGUGAAUACCACACAACCAGGCAGCCUCCAUGGAUGCUAUAUUAGGUACUUUAAUUAAAAGGUCCACAUAAACCCUUUCAAACUUGCAGAAGUCGUUGUGGCCUUGUAAUGAAUAACAACAGUAAUACGUGACUAUGAAUCAGGUGACCUGUUGACCUAAAGGCCAAGAACCAUGUAUUUCUUUCCUCCGAUAAAUUACCUCUUUAAAGCCAAAUAUAAUAUUGAUGUUCCUUUGACCAUAUGUUUUGACGCAACAGGCGGACUGAAGUGUAGAUCAAGCAUAUGUUUGUGUAUGUAAACAUUGAUUCUUAUCCUACAUUAUAGGCCUACGUGUUUCGUAUAAAACUAGAAGUGAAACGUAGGCUACGUAAAAAUGUUUAGGGAAGAUUUUGUGAAUGUUAAAUAUUUACCCAUAUAGUAACACAGGCCUCAUUCCUGUUUUGUUUCGUUCAUGGUCUUGGGGGUAGUUACUUUUUAAUUAAAUACUUUUGUUAUUGUCAUAAAAGGACUGACAUAUUUCCUUGACAUAAAAUGACUGACAUAUUUCCUUGACAUAAAAUGACUGACAUAUUUCCUUGACAUAAAAUGACUGACAUGUUUCCUUGACAUAAAAUGACAGACAUAUUUCCUUGACAUAAAAUGACAGACAUAAUGUUUCCUUGACAUAAAAUGACAGACAUGUUUUCUUGAC